UUAGGUAUUCUAAGAAAAAAAAAAGUAGGUAUAUCUAAGAAUAGGCCAGAAUGACAUAGCAGACGGGGUUAAGACACUGAAAGCAAUUGGUUGAUAUGUAUAACAAAUAAGGAAGCUGAGCUGGGGGAUUCCCCCUGGAAGUUCCCAGACAUUACUAGCACUCAGCAUCUGCACAGGCCAGCACACUCGCUGCAACUGCACCGUCCAGACCUGCCCAUUCCUGGAUCCGUAACACUGUAACACCGGACAAUAAGGUAAACUUUGGGUUUAAGAACCUUUGAAGUUGGAUUGAAACAGAAGUGAAGAUUAUUACUGGUGAUCUUGAAGUUCAGCCUUUAUUACAGAUAUCAAGCAAAACCAAACUCCACUCCAUCAGCUAAGGAUGACUUAAGGAAGGGAGAGUCUCAUUAGCGUCACUGGAAACCUCAGCUUUACUUACAUUUCAGGUUGCUGCUAUUAUCCACACCCUUUUUAGUGAUGAUACAGAACUGGGAAAUAUGGAUAAAAACACAGGAGAACAACUCAACAGAGCCUACGAAGCAUACCGCCAGGCAUGUAUGGAUAGGGAUCGAGUCAAAAAGGAACUACAGCAAAAGACCGUUUUUUAUGAGCAGCAGUUACAUGAUAAGCAGAAACAGAUAGAAGAUCUGAAAAAUCUCAAUCUGGUCCUGAAAACGAGGCCCCCCUCAUCUGCUGGAGCAGGAGGAUUUUGUGUGCCACCUCCGUCCCCCAAAUUGGAGAAUUCAGACAGUUGGAAAAGUGAGACUGCUUCCCUUGAGAGUCUGCAAGAACAGUUCAAAGUCAGUCUGCAGCGAGAAAAGCAUUUCAAGGAUCAGCUGGAUAUAGAAAAACUCCAUGUCUUGAAAUUAGAAGGAGAACGUGACAAGUUGGAGUCUGUCCUCGCCAGUAGGAAUGAAGAAAUUCAAUACCUAAAAAAGUCAUUGAAAGAAUCCAGAGAGAUAAAAGAAAAACCAGACCAAAAAAUAAUCCUGGACACAGAAAUGAGAAACAUGAACAUUGCUCAAGAUCCUGCUGCAGCAGCUACAGCCGUCAGUGAAAAUGCAAGGCUAGGUGUUGAACGGAUUUUCUCUGAUCUAAAGGAAGAAUUCAGUCGGAUUUGCAAGUUAACGAGAGAACAAAGCAGCCAGCUGAAUAUAUUUCUGACGAAGAAGGAAAUUGCCUCUGGUAAUGAUGUUCUGUUGCAGUUUUCGAUGCCCGUUCAAUGCACUGAUGAAGAAAAUGAGGAAGCCCAGAUACUACAGAAACCAAUGGAUAAAACGGUCAGAUCACGGUUUGCAUCGAUUACUCCCCGAGGAUUGGGACCAGAUGAUGAACUGAGCAUCUCUGUGGAGUCCCUUUCAAACUUGAGCGUGAAGUUCCCACCGAGUCAUGAUGAAACUGAUUUUUUGGAGAGCUCUCCUGGAAAGCUCCCGAUUCUUUCUCCAUUUUCAGAGCAGGAACCGAAUCCCAACAGACAACUUCCUGACAUCACGCUGAAGAAUUUCAGCACAGCACGGUCAAGUCCGCCGUAUUCACCUCGAUCACCAAGGACUGCCUGCCACUUGGAUAAGCAUGCUGAACCAGGAACCAACUACAGAGGCACAACUGUGCCAACAGGGGAGGACAGUGGCCUCUUUUUGGCAGCCAAUAGCCCAGCUGGUGAUUGCAAAAACACUUUCCACCUUCCAGAUCCUCCAGAGUUAGAUAAAUCUGCAGAGAUCACCGAGAGGACAGUACGGGGACCUCAGCAGCCCAUUUGGAAGCCAUCAUCGCCUCAUGACAGUGACCCAUCAAUUCCAGGGAGUGAGAAAUGGGAUCGGAAUACUUCUUCCGUAUGUGAAUUUUGCCAAGCUGUUUUCCCACCAUCGUCUGCAUUAGGAGGAGAUUUUCUAAGACAUCUUAACUCACAUUUUUAUGGACAGUCUUAAAGAUUUUUCACAUGGAAGAUCAUCACGGUUGUCUAUACUCUUAAUCUCCAUUUCCUCUUUUUGGAAACCAUUUCCACUUAAUGAUUACUUGGGUGACAGGAGUUUAUCUUGUUGGCCAUGUUUGGGCUGUCCAUUCCGAAUAUCUAUUCUAUAACCCCUAAUAAAUUGCAUUAUUUUAAAUGCA